AUGGCUGUGAGGGCUCCCCUUGGGUUCAGCCCCUCGACAAAUCCUCUCAUCCCGCCCUUCUCUCCAUUUGGCGACAAUUCACACUCCCCUCGACCGCGCAGUGCUGCGGCAGGGGACCAACCUAUGUCUGCAACCGAGACAAGAAACUCCACAAGCGAUGGUCACCUCAGGGCUCCUCCCGCCAACUACAUAACCUCACCCCAAGAUCCAAUAGCUCCAUCACCCGUCAACUCUGAUGUCACAAACUUCGAGGACGUAGACGAAGAGCUGGAAGAGGAGGCAACAGAAAAAGGGUCCGUUGCGGAGACUCUCUUCAGUCCGCAAACUGUGCAAAGGUCAGACGUGGUUUCUCCUCAGAGAGAAGGCAUACAUCGCAUUGCAACACCACUCAGAGUUGACACGGGCCCGACACUAGAGCGGCAGAUUCGCGAACGACUGGACGAAGAAACCGAACCACAAUCUGUCAUCCAUAUCCCAGCGGGGUUUGGAAAGUUUCCGAGUGACCAAGUAUCCCAAUCGCAGAGCGAAGAGGACUUCAAGUCGGCACAUGAAGAACCAGAUCCGCCUAUGGACAGGAAUUCAGAAAGCACGGAGGGAGCUCAGCAGAAGGACAUCGAAAGAGCGAGAGCUGGCUCGACCGACUCUACCGAUUCUCGAGCUUCAGACGCAACCAUCAAGUCUGCAGUCCCUGAGACGAAGUCGUCCGCACGGGGUCAUGACAUGCCAAUGCCACCCACACCUCUGCAGACGUCACUUCCUACCCUCCCCAUACACGAUUGGUCACGAACUCCGAGGGCGCAGACACGACAAGACCUCAGCGCAUUGAGUCGGCCGGGUUCGAGUCUAGCCAGUAUCAUGGAAGGAGACGAUACUGAUCACCCCAGCACCGACGAGACUGGAGACGAGAGUAAUUUCGCCGCUGCGAUUCUACACGAUGCCGAGGCUGAGAUCAAUGCGCUACGGAAUGCGCUGUCUGAAUGCUGGACAUUGUGCAACACAUUGGCCAACCUCAGCCAUAUCCACCGCGAGAGGCUGUUCAACUUCUCUGGACGAGGCGAUAUGCAAGAACAGGCAUGGAAAUCAUGCUGGAAGUUAUGUCAAAAUUUAUACAACACACGAGACGAAAAUGCCCCAGGAUCGUUUUCACAUGGGUCUUCACGACCUACACUGGACCUGUGUCGAGACUUCUGUCAAGCACUGUUCGAAGUCAGAGUGCGAGAUAACGAAACAGCAGAUUCGGUGCUGAGGGUCAGCUUCGAGCUGAACAACCACCUGUACAAUACUCAUGAUCGGAGUCUCCCCGAGGCUUUUCGUGAGAGAACACUGGAUUUCUAUAUUACUCUAUGUCAUCGCCUGAUGAAACAAAAAGCAAAAAUGGCCGAAGAGACCGAUUCGUUGUUGAAGGCCUGCUGGUCAUUGGCAGAGAUGCUAUUCAGUCUACGCCAGAGCCGGCGAGAAGGGAAGAGAUUAGAUGAAGAGCUCCUUGGAUCAGCCAUCCAAGCUUGUUGGGAACUGUGUGAUCUCUUCCGUGAAGGCUGGACUCAAAUUCGCCCCGAAAGAGGCACACCGCGGCCGAGUCAGACGACGUUCACUCAGGCUUUCAAUCAAGCCAGACGCUCGGGCUUCGCUCCUCUUGAUGAGAACGGCAAUCCCAAAAUGCUGCCCGAGACACCAACCACCAUUUUUGAAGACACAAUCACCACCAUCUCGCCUGACGAGGCUCCUAUCCCAAAUAUCCUGAUUCUUGGUGCUGAGGAAGCAUCAAGGAUGUCGACAUCAUCCGCUUCAUCAACAGCCGCGCCUGUCCAAAGGCAAGUAACACCUAACACGCAGACACGGCAUCCGCACUCUGCCAAACCUGCGUCGAGCUCCGCAAAUCCGAGAUGGUCUUCGAGUUCUUCGGUCCUGUCUCUCCCCGCCUCGGCCAUUUCCGAAGGCGGCGUAAAUCCCACCUCCGCGACAACGGUGUCCACAGUGCGCACCCCUGCCGAUGACCCUACAUUGAUCCUUCUGAAGGCACUGUUCGUCAAAGCCGCUCUGGCCACAGGCCGUGGUUACACGCGAACGUCGAUCGACCCAACCCUCAAUUCUUUGCCGAAUUUCGUCCAAAACCUGCCAGACGACGCAUUCGGGACUCAGACGUGGCAGGUGGCUUUGCUGGAGAACUACCGCAAAGCCGUCAUAAAUGACUCCGGGUUCCGUAACCUGGGCGUUGCUGGCACGCUGGGUGAACGGGGUAGAAUCAACGCGGUGGAAGUCGCACGAGCAGUCCGCGGCAUGACGAGCUGUGUUUACGGAUUUGGCUGGCUGCGAGACCUCUAUCGUCUCGUCUUCGGGUUUUAUGUCGAGGAGGCACUCAAGGCCGGAGAGGCUCAUGCGGGUGCUGGUGCUCACCGAAAGGUUCAACGGCACGUCGCACCUGCAGCGAGUCUUGCUGCCGCCGUCAUGGCUGGUACUUCAACCACUUCUGCGGGUGCUGGUGGAGGUAAUCCCGGUGCCGGUGCUGGCGGUGGCGUUGGCGGUGGUGGAAGCAGGAAUAGAAGCUCUAGUGGCAACGGGCGGCGGACCAUCAGCCAGUAA